UGAAAAACAACACAUUUAUCCAGGACUAGUCCAGGAAAUCCUCUAGAAAACAAAUAAUCAGAAAAGAAUAGUAAAUUUCUUUUUCAUUGCAUUGAAUUAAUCUUUUAACUUAAAUUCGAAAAAUGUCUUCUUCAGUUCAUUGCCAAUUAUGGAUGGGCAGCUUGGAGCCGUAUAUGACGGAAAAUUUCGUCAUAGCUGCCUUCCGGAAAAUGGGCGAAGAUCCAACCACAGUCCGUUUGAUGCGUAACAAAUAUACAGGAGAACCUGCGGGUUAUUGUUUUGUAAAUUUUGCCACAGAUGAAAAGGCCAUGGAUGCAAUGCACAAAUUAAAUGGCAAACCCAUACCAGGCACAAAUCCCAUUGUACGUUUUAGAUUGAACAGUGCUAGCAAUUCAUAUAAAAUGCCCGGCAAUGAAAGAGAAUUCAGUGUUUGGGUUGGAGAUCUCAGUUCCGAUGUGGAUGAUUAUCAACUGUAUAAAGCAUUCUCAUCGAAGUACACCUCGAUUAAAACAGCCAAAGUUAUUAUAGACAGUUCAGGAUUUUCCAAGGGUUAUGGAUUUGUGCGAUUCGGCAUUGAAGAUGAACAACAGUCGGCAUUGUAUGAAAUGAAUGGUUACAUUGGCUUGGGUAGCAAACCCCUGAAAAUUUGUAAUGCCGUACCCAAACCUAAGAGUGAAUUAGGCGUUGCCUUGGGUACAUCGAACAGUAAUUAUGGUUAUGGUGGUUCUGGGCCAACAGCAACCAGCAGUACAGCUAGCUCGGAUUAUACCCAGUACUAUGAUCCCAGUUCAACAUAUUGGCAAGGUUAUAAUGCAUGGCAGAAUUAUUACGAUGUAAGCACAGCAGCUGCCGAUCCAACAAGUGCAUAUUAUCAACAAUCAAUGGUUCAAUCGCAUUCGAAUACCCAAACAUUGGCCCAACAUGCCGAGGCAUGGAGUGCCCAGCGUAAUGCUCAAUAUGAACAGCAAAACGCCGCCACUGCAUCCAAUGGUGGUGCCGAUGACGAGGAUGAUAGCUAUGCAUUGGUGGAGCAUAAAUUCACAUUGGAUGUAGAUAAAAUGAAUCGUGAAGCUCUUGAUUCAGAUCGUAAUUUGUACGAUGCCCUAGAGAGUUCCAAAUGGUUACCGUUGGAACAACUAGAAGCAUAUUAGAUAUAGGUUUUAUUUCAUAAGUUAUUAUGUAUUUUCUUAAUAAAGCUGGAUUACAAAUUUUACGCAAA